UCCGUGGGGGAGCAGAGGAUGCAUGAGGGGCUGGACUCUCUUCUCACUUCGUCUCCAUUCAUACCAGCUCUGCUUUCCCUAGGGGAGCUGCUGGCUGGUACCUUGGGCUUUUGCCAGUGCCGCCACUCGCCAUCGUGCCGGAGACGCAGCUCGGUGGGCAAGGAGGCCAGGCCGAACCUGGGCUUUUCUUUUUAAAGUCCUUGAGAAGAAAGCUCCAGCAGGUGAGGGGAGUCUGGCCUCUUGCUCCUGGCUGAUCAGGAUCCUGGGUUUUUUGGUUAAUGUGAGUUCAAGCCGAGAAGGUGGACGGUGCGGGCAGCAAAGUCAAAGCUGUGGGGACAUGAGGGGUUUGCAGAUGUGUCUGACGGAGGCUUAUGUCACCUAAACGGAGGGGCAGAGCAUGUCUGCGCACCCCAGGAAUGUCAUUUGGGACUGAGGAACUGAGUCCUCAAGAUUCACUGGCAUUUUUAGACCUUGAAAGUUACAUCUUAGACUACAUAUUUUUACUGCAUGGUUAAAUCAACUCAGCCCUUUCCCACAGCUCGGGACCAGGUUUUAAGCCAUAAAGAGAGUGUGUGCGGUGCCCUCCUCUGCCAGGAGCUGUUUAAGUACCUGAGCGAUUAUUUGCCUGUUCCCAAGGGCUGAGUUGCGUAGUCCUGCAGGAAACAGCUAUGGCGCUGAAAGCCCGAGCACUUUACAACUUCCAGAGUGAAAACAAAGAGGAGAUCAGCAUCCAGGAGAACGAGGAGCUGGUGAUCUUCAGUGAAAACUCCCUGGAUGGGUGGCUGCAGGGCAAGAACAGCCGAGGAGAGACUGGCCUCUUCCCUGCCUCUUACGUGGAGAUCCUGCGGUCCAGGUCGAGCUCCAGUUAUACGGACUAUUCAAACAGCCCAGCUGGCUCUCCUGGACAUGACUCCUCCUUCUAUGUGCACCCUCCCAACACCAGCAUCUCCAACCAGGGCAGCUUUGAGGACGACGACGACGAUGAUUGGGAUGACUGGGACGAUGGCUGCACGGUGGUGGAGGAGCCCAGUAGUGGCCCUGGCACCAAUGGGCACCCCUCCCCUCACCUGCAGUACCCUGCAGUGUACCCCAGCCAGAACGCUGGCUAUCGACCCAAGCCUGCCCUAGAGAGACAGGACAGCAUAAGCUCCUCCAAGAGGGGCAGUGUGGUAGGGCGGAACCUCAACCGCUUCUCCUGUUUUGUCCGCUCGGGGGUGGAGGCCUUUAUCCUAGGAGACGUGCCCCUUAUGUCCAAGAUUGCUGAGGCUUAUUAUAUUGAGAUGGGGUCCAAGGGCCCCCAAUGGAGGGCCAAUCCACACCCUUUCAUCUGCUCUGUGGAAGACCCAACCAAGCAGACCAAAUUCAAGGGCAUCAAGAGCUACAUCUCUUAUAAGCUGACUCCCAGCAACAUCACCACCCCAGUCUAUCGGCGGUACAAGCACUUUGACUGGCUGUACAACCGCCUACUGCACAAGUUCACAGUGAUCUCGGUGCCCCAUUUGCCAGAGAAGCAGGCCACCGGGCGCUUUGAGGAGGACUUCAUCGAGAAGCGCAAGCGGAGGCUGAUCUUGUGGAUGGACCACAUGACCAGCCACCCCGUCCUCUCCCAGUAUGAGGGCUUCCAGCACUUCCUCACCUGCCGUGAUGACAAGCAAUCUCUUCAGAUCCCCACGGAGCACCAGGACCUGCAGGAUGUUGAGGACCGUGUGGACUCCUUCAAGGCCUUCAGCAAGAAAAUGGAUGACAGUGUCCUGCAGCUGACCAAUGUGGCCUCCGAGCUGGUCCGCAAGCAUUUGGGAGGCUUCAGGAAGGAGUUCCAGAAGCUGGGCAAUGCUUUCCAAGCCAUCAGCCACUCCUUCCAGAUGGACCCACCAUACAGCUCGGAUGCCCUCAACAAUGCCAUCUCCCACACAGGCAAGACAUACGAGACUGUAGGGGAGAUGUUCGCUGAGCAGCCCAAGAAUGACCUUUUCCUCAUGCUGGACACUCUCUCCUUAUACCAGGGGCUACUUUCCAACUUUCCGGACAUUAUUCACCUCCAAAAAGGAGCCUUUGCAAAGGUGAAAGAGAGUCAGCGGAUGAGUGAUGAGGGGAAAAUGGAUCAGGAUGAGGCAGAUGGGAUUCGGAAACGUUGCCGUGUGGUCGGCUUCUCCCUGCAGGCUGAGAUGAACCACUUCCACGAGCGACGCAUGGCAGACUUCAAGAGAAUGAUGCAGUCCUACCUAAAACAGCAGAUCAUCUUCUACCAGAGAGUCAGCCAGCAGCUGGAGAGGACUUUACUUAUGUACGACAACCUCUAAUGCCUUCUGACUUGAUGCAUUGGCUAAUCCCUCUUCAUCUGAACUCAUGUGGUUUUGUCUUUGGAACCUCCAGACCUCUGUUUGAGGUGAACUGAGAAUUAAUGGAAACUCAUAACGCUAGUGACCAAAAUCCAUUUGGCUUUCCUCCAUGUUCCUGGAGCUGAGGUGCUGCAGGGAAUGUUACAUUCAUGUCUUCCAACUGACUCAUGUCCGACUGACUCAUAUCAUACCGCUACCUUCCCUGAUAGCUGGACCCCUCCACCGAUUCUGUCUCUGAGAGACUGUGGAGAAGACAUGGGUAUCUUUCAUAAGGGAACAGACAUUGACUUUGUGGUGCUGGUAUCUCUGGUUUUGCAGUAAGUUGUAGCUUUUGGAAACAUGUCCCACUAGAGUAGGGAGGUUGAUACAUUACAGUCUAGAGGGAAAAUAAGUAGAGUUGGUCAAAAAUUUGCACACCAAAAACUUUUCUGAUGGAAAAAAAUGACCUUUAUUUGAAAAUUUUUUGUGAAAAAAUUAUGGCAAUUUUUCCAUUUUUGACAAAUGUUUCCACAACAUUUUUACCAAUAAGUUUUUAAUAGAAAUGUUGAUGGAAAUCGUGUUCCAAAUCUUUGUCGGAUGUGUCUGUUUACUGAAAAUGUUCCAUAGUGUUUGCAAUAAAAAUUUCAACAUAGAAAUUUCACCUUUUGUGGAAAAUGAGUCCAUGGGAAAGAAAUCACAUUAGGCACAUCCUUGCACAAAUAUGGUUCCAGUUUUGGCCAGCUCUAGAAAAAAAUGUAGUGUUCACUUGACUGCUGAGGUUCAAAGUCCCUACCAGUCUCAGUAAGAGGGUCUGGGCUAGAUUCUGCCCUUGAUUGCAUGGGUAUAGAUCUGGAGUAGUUUCUCAGUAGUCAUCAGAUUUACACUGGCAUGACU